CGCAACACUGCAAUCCUGUAGCUGUUUUGCAAUUUUUGGGUGAGCUUUUUGCCAUCUGCCUAUCAACAUUACUGAGUGCGCUAAAACUCCUGAGGUAUUUUUAUUUUUUUAAAUUAUUAUUAUUUCCUUGCAGUGUUUACUAUUUGGUCGAGUCACGGGAAGUGGUUCAUCCCAUAAUUCCGACUGCGCCUGAAUGCAGCAGCGGGAGCUCAUCUGUUGGACGGGAAACUAAUCAGGAGCCAAGUAAAGACUUCUCAGGACGGCUAGCGCGGCUCUAAAGUCAGCCGUCUGCACGCCACGGACGAACGCGGACUUUGUUUGCGUAGCGCGGCGUCUCCUCUGUGCGAGAAACGACGCUCGCGCUAUGUUUUAGGGGACACGGUUUUGUUGCUGAAAAAUAAAAAGUACGAGGCGGACGGACGGACGGACGGACGGAGAGGAGCCCCCGGGCCGAGCCGAAGCUCGCGGCUAGCUCACUGACGUCAGCUGGGGGGGGGGUGAAGAAGUGCAAGUAACAAAAAAUGGAGCUGGACGACGUGGUCCUGUAUCAGGACGAGUCCGGCAACUCCACCAUGAUGUCCGAGCGGGUCUCGGGUCUGGCCAGCUCCAUCUACCGCGAGUUCGAGCGGCUCAUCGAGAAGUACGACGAGGACGUGGUGAAGGAGCUGAUGCCUCUGGUGGUGGCCGUGCUGGAGAACCUGGACUCGGUGUUCGCUGUCAACCAGGAGCACGAAGUGGAGCUGGAGCUGCUGAAGGAGGACAACGAGCAGCUCGUCACCCAGUACGAGAGGGAGAAGGCUCUGAGAAAACACGCAGAAGAGAGGUACAUCGUCUUCGAAGACUCCCAGGAAGGCGAGAAGAAGGAUCUCCAGUGUCGGCUGCUGACGCUGGAGUCUCACACGCGGCAGCUAGAGCUGAAAACUAAAAACUACGCAGACCAGAUUAGCAGACUGGAGGAGAGAGAAGCAGACCUCAAGAAGGAGUACAAUGCCCUUCAUCAGAGACACACUGAGAUGAUCCACAGCUACAUGGAGCACCUGGAGCGGACUAAGCACCAGCACACAGCGAUAAUAGCAGAGCCCUCUGACACAAGCACGUCAGCCAGAACACGAAAGGACCGUCCCAUCUCCAUGGGCAUAUUCCAGCUUCCUGGCACUGACGGCAUGACCCCUGACCUCCAGAGGGACCCCGGCGACGCGUCCGAGCCGUGGAGAUUCAACAACCUCAGCCAUCCGCGGUCCAACACCAGCCUCAAGAUUAAGGAACUGUUCUCCCCAAUCAGAGUGGGAGGUCAAAGUUCACAGGAGAAUUGUCCCUGUCAGAAGGCUGAUCAGGACCAGGAUGAGUUGGCCCAUUUUAACCGCGGCGGCCCUAAAUCCAGCACGCCGACCAACCAGGGAAGUGUCUCCAAAAGUGGAACUCCUGCGUCUGCAAAAGAUGGAGGGUCCAAAUCUAACACUUCCACGUCCUCUCAGGGUGGUACCUCUAUAUCAAACACCCCCACUUCUGGGUACAGCGGUAACUCCCAGUCCACCACACCACUAUCUCCUCUUGACGGAGGGUCCAGCAGCAUGAGCCCCAGGUCCAGUCUCGGGGGUGGGUCUGUUUCUACUGCUCCGCUGUCUUCUGAUGUCACCAUGGAGUCUGUGGACACACCCCUGCAGCAACAGGAAGCUUCAGAGGGGCUCAACAAGAACCUAGACUCGAGCAGAGGAAAGCCAGAGAGCAGUAAGGACAUAGCAGCAGUCCAGGGAGGACAGCAAGGACAGCAGGGACAGCAGGGACAGCAGGGACAGCCUGGUCAGCCUGGUCAGCCUGGUCAGCCUGGUCAGCCUGGUCAGAAGUCAACUACUGGACCUCUUGGAGCUGAUGAUGGAACAGAAAACCUGGAGAAGUCUGAGGUGCAGGCGAUCAUCGAGUCCACUCCUGAACUGGACAUGGACCUCGAGGGGUGCAGAGGAACAAGCACACCAAAUAAAGGUGGCAUCGAGAACCUAGCUUUCGACCGCAACACUGAUUCUCUGUUUGAGGAGUUGUCGUCUGCGGGAAACGACCUCAUUGGAGACGUGGAUGAAGGCGCUGACCUGCUGGGUAUGGGCCGGGAAGUUGAACAUCUCAUCCAGGAGAACACCCACCUGCUGGAGACCAAAAAUGCCUUGAAUGUGGUGAAGAACGACCUGAUAGCACAAGUGGAUGACCUGGCCUGUGAGAAGGAGGUCCUGCGAGGAGAGCUGGAUGCUGUCACUCAGGCCAAGACCAAACUGGAGGAGAAGAAUAAAGAAUUGGAAGACGAACUCAAGAAAGUUCGAGCAGAACUGGAGAACGCCAAACAGAAGGUGAAGAAUGACAAUGAGGACGAUAGUGAUGUGCCCACAGCCCAGAGGAAGCGUUUCACCAGGGUGGAGAUGGCCCGAGUCCUGAUGGAGAGGAACCAGUACAAGGAGAGACUGAUGGAGCUGCAGGAGGCGGUCAGAUGGACGGAGAUGAUCCGCGCUUCAAAGGAGAACCCAGCCCUUCCAGAGAAGAAAAAAUCCAGCCUCUGGCAGUUGAUUUUCAGCCGUUUGUUCAGCUCGUCGGGUGGAGCGGCCAAGAAGCCGGCGGUGGAGGCCCCGGUGAACGUCAAGUACAACGCACCCACCUCGCAGAUCCAGCCGUCGGUCAAGAAGAAGAGCAGCACCCUGCAGCAGCUGCCCAGUGACAAGAGCAAAGCCUUCGACUUCCUUAAUGAGGAAACGGCAGCUGACCCUGUGGUGUCCAGGCGCGAACAAAAGAGAGCUCAGUACGAGCAGGUCAAAGCCCACGUCAGGAAGGAGGACGGCAGGGUGCAGGCGUACGGCUGGAGCCUGCCGAAGAAAUACAAAACCAACGGGGGUCAGGCAGAGGGCAAGAUGAAGAAUCUACCUGUUCCCGUCUUCCUCAGACCACUCGAUGAGAAAGAUGCUUCUAUGAAGUUGUGGUGUGCUGCUGGUGUGAACCUGUCUGGGGGUAAAACCAGAGACGGAGGCUCGAUAGUUGGAGCCAGUGUGUUUUACAGCGACGUGUCAGGACCGGAGAGCCCUAAAAAGAAGAUAGGAUCUCAGAGCAGCCUGGAAAAACUGGAUCAAGAACUCAAGGAGCAGCAGAAGGAGAUGCGCCACCAGGACGAAAUGUCGUCCCUGGUGUGGAUCUGCACCAGCACCCAGUCCACCACUAAAGUCGUUGUCAUCGACGCCAACCAGCCUGGAAACAUCCUGGAGAGCUUCUUUGUCUGUAACUCCCACGUCCUCUGCAUCGCUAGCGUACCGGGUGCGAGAGAGACGGACUACCCAGCCGGAGAAGAAGUGUCUCCAAGCUCCGAGGCCGGACCGGUGGGAGAUGGCGGCUCUGCAGAAACCAACAGCAGCACGGCUGGUGGCGACAGCGUGCUCGAAGGCAUCACCGUGGUGGGCUGUGACGCCGAGGGAGCGUCGGCUGUUCCUCAGACCGCGGACAGUCCGGGAGGAGACACCGAAUCCAGACCGAUAGAAGAAUCCACUGAGGCGACGGAGACCAGCACGGGACCCGUCGACCAACAGGGAAGCCUGAGAGGCAUCUACACCGAGCACAUCUUCACUGAUCCAUUAGGAGCUCAGCUGACUGCAGAGGCUCCGGCCAACUACUCUCAGAGGGAGAGUGAUCUGCUGAAAGACGGCGUGAGUUCGAACCCCAGCGCUGAGGAGCAGGACCUGAUGAGGGAGGAGGCUCAGAAAAUGAGCAGCGUCCUGCCCACCAUGUGGCUGGGGGCACAGAAUGGAUGCGUGUACGUCCACUCCUCCGUGGCUCAGUGGAAGAAGUGUCUGCACUCUAUAAAGCUGAAGGACUCGGUGCUCGGCAUAGUACAUGUGAAAGGACGCGUGCUGGUCGGCCUGGCUGAUGGCACGUUAGCCAUUUUCCACAGAGGAGUAGAUGGACAGUGGGACCUGACAAACUACCACCUGUUGGACCUGGGGAGGCCCCAUCACUCCAUCCGCUGCAUGACUGUGGUGCAUGACAGGGUGUGGUGUGGCUACAGGAACAAGAUCUUUGUGGUGCAGCCCAAAGCCAUGAAGAUAGAGAAAUCCUUUGACGCCCACCCCCGUAAGGACAGUCAGGUACGUCAGCUGGCCUGGGACGGUGACGGCAUCUGGGUGUCCAUCAGGCUGGACUCCACUCUAAGGCUGUUCCACGCUCACACCCACCAGCACCUCCAGGACGUUGACAUUGAGCCCUACGUCAGCAAGAUGCUGGGAACGGGUAAACUGGGCUUCUCGUUUGUGAGGAUCACGGCUCUGAUGGUGUCGUGUAAUCGUCUGUGGAUCGGCACUGGGAAUGGAGUCAUCAUCUCCAUCCCUCUGACGGAGACGGCUAAUAAGGUAACCAAGGCGGCAAGUAGCCACCCAGGAAGUGUUGUUCGUGUCUACGGGGACGACAGCAGCGACAAAGUGAAAGCCGGGACGUUCGUUCCCUAUUGCUCCAUGGCUCACGCUCAGCUCUGUUUCCAUGGUCACCGGGAUGCUGUCAAGUUCUUCACAGCUGUUCCAGGCCACGCGGAUCCAUCUGCGUCCUGCGGAGGGGAGGCAGCAGGUGACAAGGCGACAGAUGCCACAGCUCAGGAAGGAAACAAGUCUAUGCUGGUGAUGAGCGGAGGAGAGGGCUACAUCGACUUUCGAAUGGGUGACGAGGACGGCGAGGCGGAGGAGGGGGAGCACGCCCCCCUCAAACUGCAGCCCUUCCUGGCUAAAGCCGAGCGCAGCCACCUCAUCGUCUGGCAGGUCCAGGUCAACGACGACUGACCUCCGACCCCCUCGAGGCCCGACUUGCCUUUUCCCUCAAACUGCUGCCACAGCGGAAGAGUUGAGGUGGGCGACUCUUCUCUGCCGGCACGAGUUUUAUCUGCACUUUUUUUCUCUUCCUCAGUCCUGAACAAUAAGAGUGAAGCAAGCAAGAACUGCUCAAAGCUUUUUCUCAGCGAUAACCUGGAUGCAUGUUUUUGUUUUAUUAUGACUUCUUUCUUUUUAUUUUUUAUUUUAUGGAUUUGUAUUACAAUCUGUUAUAAUGCCUCCUGCUCUUUUAUUAUGAUUUGAGGUCACUCUUUUUUUUUCAUGUCUGCUUAGCAAAAUCCAUCUACGUUUCCAGGUUCCCUCCAAUCAGUCCAGUUACUACGUGCUCUCGCUCCCUUUUUGCCCUUUUUAAUAAUACAGGCUAGCCAGUCAGUCGUAGGAACCAAUCAUGAGGGAUUCCUGAUCAGUUUCAAAUCGUUUGUCAUUUUAUUUGAGAAUUUUAGCUUUGAAAGUGUGCAAGCCAAGAACCUUAAUCGACUGACUUUGGAUCAAAUGCAAUACGUCACAUCUUCUUCUGUUCAAGCAGAGAAUUCAUUUAUCUAAAUAUUUGAUAUGUAAUUGGAGCAGCUCAGUUUGUGGCUCCUGUGUUUUACGUUACAUUCAAGUCACGCAACCGUCCCCGAUGUUUGAAAACCAUAGAAUCAAUGUUCUGGAGGAAUAUUCACAGUCCACCUCAGUGAAAAGAUGCUUUCUGUCCUUUAAUCCAGUUCACAAGUUGUUCCUAAAAAAAAAAAAAAAAACAUGAUUUUCUGGUUAUUUCUGGUUAUAUGGAACAGAAAGUACAGUUGCAACAUUUUUUUUUAUUUUAAUGUUGCAACAGAUGGGAAUUAUUUUUAAAAUCGGUCAAAAGCCUUCAAGACUAAAUACUAAAUACAUUCACACCAGCAGCAAAAGAUUGAUAAAAAUUAAUCCUCCAUUUUGUCUUUUAAAAAAUGUCUUCGUUUUGCAGUCUGCAAAAAACUCGCCAUUUGGAUUUAAUUAGGGGGCCUGAAAUAAAACUCUCUGCACGCAACUUGAACCAAUCAGAGCCAUUUUGUUGUAAAGAAAUAAAAACUACAUCACUGUAACUCAACUAUACAUCACCAAGUAAGAUAAUCCUUUAAUGGAUCCUUUUAUGUAUUUGGUUUUUGACCAAACAUCUGCAGAGCUAAUAACAUCUCUGUUUGUUUCAGUUCUAUGCUUUGUUUAGUGCCAGUUAGUCUGGAUUAGCAUGCUAACAUAUUGUGGACGUUACACGAAGCGUUAGCAUUUAGAUUAGUUAUUACUGUGUCACAGGUUUGACUUGAAUGUUACGGUAAUGCACAGGACCACUGACUGGAGCUGUAAUAAAGCUACUGUAAAAGUAGCCGACAACAUCCCACUGACCUGGAUUAGAUCCAUGAAGAGGACGUUUAUCAGUCCUCUGCUCUCAUUCUACCCACUCACCUCCACUCAUUAGACACUUUAAAGUAUGCCUUAGGUAUUAAGGCUUGAAAGGUCUGAGUGAAAGGCUUUUCAAGCGCGACAAAGUAUUUAUUUUUUCUCCGAAGAAUGUUCUGUUUGCUACCAAAGGUUAAAGAACUACAGACGGAUAAUGCGCCACACGCUGAAACAAUAACGGUGUUUCUAUCUAACGCUUCUCAGCAGGGCGUUUGCCUCCGCGUUGAUAACGGGCGAGUUUUUGUAACAGAAAUCCUAGUGUAUAGAGAAGAUAUAUUUUUAGACUUUGAUAUUUGGAAAUUGAAAUAUUUUCAGGGUGUGCGAUAGAAGAGAACGUCCUGGACCUGUUACUAUGAGAGGAACGAAAGGAGCAGCAGCCGCACUGACGAUUAACACGCCCUCUCUGAUCCCUCUCUUGACAUUUAGAGAUCAGAACUCAAACACUGACCGCGGCCCCCACUAUGCUGACGAUUUCACACCUCCUCCCGGCGGUAAAACCCAUCAGCAGAGAAUCUUUUUUCCUUUUUUUUUAAUGAACUUUUCUGUUUAAUGCCUGUCUUUCAGUCUGUCCUCUCUGAGGACGUCUGGGUGUAUUUGAGAGUGUAUCUGUGGCCUCUGUGUAUCAGCGCACUGCACACUCAUGUCUUUGGGUAUUUGUUUCGUCCUCUUCGUGCUGAACAGUAUCGUCGGAGGAGCGAGUGUAUGUGUGAGUGUCUUCUCUCCACGAGAGAAGAGAAACGUUGCAGUUUAGCCAUUUCAGUAUUUAUUUACAAUGAUUGAGCCUUUGCAAUUCAGGAUGUAUCUUUGUACAUUGAAUAUGAAUAUAUAUGAUUAUAUUGUAUGAAACACGGCUUGGGUUUAUUGUUUGUAACAACAGUUGUCGCUGUUGGAAUUCACUUGUUUUGCAGAGGGUAACUUUACUCAGCUAUGCACCAGAUCUCUGAGGACGGAGGAGUUGGUGAUGGGUUGUUUUUCUGUUUUUUUUUUUGUUUUGGAGAGCCUGCAGCCUGUCCUCAGACACAAUCAGUUUUCAUCUCCAAUGUGGGAAAUAAAGUCAAACUGAACUCUAGGCAAUGACUGUGCAGCUCCAUCCCAUCGCAGCACAGCGGAGCAAACUUUGAGUCCUCCGCAGAAAAAAACCCGUGUCAUCAAUCUCACCUGCAUACGCUUCUCGAGACCUUGGCAGGGGCUCCCUCUCCUCCUCCAGGUUUACUGUACUUCUACAGCAUCUCUAGCCUUACUUAUUUUUAACAAUCAAUUAAAGCAGCAUUUGUGGGCAAA